AUGUUGCUCAGUCAUUAUCUGCCCUGCUGCACCCUAUUAGUGCUACUAGAGCUGGCUGCAGCCCAGUAUGAGCACCACAGCUACCCAUAUGGCCAACCUGAGCCAGAGCAGGAAGAGUACUCUGCUCCCCAGUUGGCGCCUGACACGCCCAGAAUUCAGCUCAGGCUGGCAGGAGACAAGAGGAAACACAACGAGGGUCGUGUCGAGGUUUUCUACAACAACCAAUGGGGGACUGUCUGUGAUGACGACUUUACGAUCCACGCUGCACAGGUGGUGUGCCGGGAAAUGGGCUACAUGGAAGCAGUUUCAUGGUCGCCAUCGUCAAAAUAUGGAAAAGGAGAAGGACCCAUCUGGUUUGACAAUCUCCACUGCACUGGCAAAGAGAAAACUUUGGCAUUGUGCCCCUCCAAUGGGAUUGGUGUUUCAGACUGUAAACACAGUGAGGAUGUAGGAGUGAUGUGCAGUGACAAGAGGAUCCCUGGAUUUAAAUUUAUCAACAUUCUUCCCAACCAUGUGGAGAACCUUGAUAUUCAAGUUGAGGAUGUGCGCAUUCGAGCCAUUUUGUCAUCAUUACGUAAGCGAAUCCCUGUGACCGAGGGGUAUGUGGAGGUGAAAGAUGGUGGUAAAUGGAAGCAGAUCUGUAACACCGAGUGGAGCCAAUUCAACAGCAGAGUCAUCUGUGGCAUGUUUGGCUUCCCUGGGGAAAGGAAAUACAAUGCCAGAGUCUACAAGAUGUUUGCGCGCAGGAGAAAGCCCACAUACUGGGAAUUCUCCGUCAACUGCACAGGUACUGAGGCCCAUUUGUCUAGUUGUAAACUGGGGAGGGAGGAAUCCAUGCAGUCCAACGACACCUGUGCUGAAGGCUUGCCUGUGGUGGUGAGCUGCGUCCCCGGCAGAGCUUUUGCGCCAACAUCUAUGACCGGAUUUAGGAAGGCCUUCAAACAAGAGCAACCGCUGGUUCGUGUUCGUGGUGGGGCCAUAGUAGGCGAGGGCCGUGUGGAAGUGUUAAAAAAUGGCGAGUGGGGCACCAUAUGUGACGACAAAUGGAACCUGCUGUCCGCCACAGUUGUGUGUCGAGAGCUGGGCUUCGGUACAGCCAUUGAGGCCCUGUCUGGUGGUCGCCUCGGACAAGGUAUGGGCCCAGUACAUAUGAAUGAAGUGCAGUGUACUGGAUUUGAGAAGUCUAUCACCGAGUGUUCAUUCAACAAAGAGUCUGUGGGCUGCAGCCAUGAAGAGGAUGCUGCUGUCAGAUGUAAUGUUCCUGCUAUGGGCUUUCAGGAGAGGCUGCGUUUAAGUGGCGGUCGAAAUCCUUUUGAGGGUCGUGUGGAAGUGCUGGUUGAGAAGAACGGCUCGCUGGUGUGGGGCAACGUGUGCAGUGAAGGAUGGGGAACCAUGGAGGCUAUGGUGGUCUGCAGACAGCUAGGCUUGGGCUUUGCCAGCAAUGUUUUCCAGGAGACAUGGUACUGGCAAGGCGGAGUGAGUGCGGACAAUGUGGUAAUGAGUGGAGUUCGCUGCUCUGGUACUGAGAUGUCUUUGUCCCACUGCCUGCAUCAUGGAGCCCACCUCAGCUGCUCCAAUGGAAGUGGACGCAAUGCCGCUGGAGUUUCGUGCUCAGAGACGGCCCCUGACCUGGUACUGAACCCUCAGGUGGUGGAGCAGACCACCUACAUGGAGGACAGGCCGAUGUUCAUGCUGCAGUGUGCAUUUGAGGAGGAGUGCCUGUCCUCCUCCUCUAAAGACAUGCCUGCCAACUCCUACCGCCGACUGCUGCGCUUCUCCUCCCAGAUCCACAACAAUGGCCAGUCCGACUUCCGACCCAAAGCUGGCCGACACGCUUGGGUGUGGCAUGACUGUCAUAGGCAUUAUCACAGCAUGGAGGUGUUUACUAUAUACGACUUGUUCAGUCUGAAUGGAACCAAAGUGGCAGAAGGACACAAAGCAAGUUUUUGUCUGGAGGACUCAGAGUGUGUUGAAGGCAUUGAAAAGAGAUAUGAAUGUGACAAUUUUGGAGAGCAGGGCAUCACUGUGGGUUGCUGGGAUACGUACAGGCAUGACAUUGAUUGCCAGUGGAUUGACAUUACCGACCUAAAACCCGGAGAUUAUAUUUUCCAGAUAAUAAUCAAUCCAAACUAUGAAGUGCCAGAGACUGAUUACACCAAUAACAUCAUGAAAUGCAGAUUGCGAUAUGAUGGUCAUCGUGUGUGGAUGUACAGCUGUCACAAUGGUGGCUCAUUAAGCACUGAGACGGAGCAAACAUUCCCAGGCCUCCUCAACAAUCAGGUCACCCACAGGUAA